UUCAAACCUCAUCACGAACAAAAAGUGCUUGCCUUGCGAUACCAUAAGAAAAACCUUCUUCUAUUAUAGUGAGUGAGUGAGUGCGUGAGUUUCCUACAUACACCCUUUGAUUUGAUUUGAAGAACAAAGAUGGCAUCCCAUGAGCAGAGCUACAGAGCUGGUGAGGCCAAGGGCCGAAAUCAGGAGAAGACCAACCAGAUGAUGGGCAAUAUGGGGCAGAAGGCCCAAGCUGCGAAGGACAAGGCCCAGCAGGCAGCCCAUGCUGCAAAGGACAAGACCCAGCAGGCGGCCCACUCUGUAAACGAGAAGGCCCAAGAGAAGAGUGGUCAAACUAAAGAAAAGGCCUCAGAGAUGGGCCAGUUCACAAAGGAAGCGGCCCAGUCUGGAAAGCAGAACACUGGUGGGUUCCUGCAGCAGACUGGAGAAAAGGUGAAGGAAAUGGCCCAGGGUGCUACUGAGGCUGUGAAACAAACCUUUGGUAUGGCACCACAGAAUGAUGAAGACAAAGACUACUACCCAACCCAGCAUGGCAGAGAAUAGAAUAGUACUAGUUUCUUAAAUAUAGUUUUCAACAUAAAAGAGGGAGGGGAAUGUACUCUAUUAUCUAGUUUCAAUCUUGUCUUGUCAAGUAUCCUAAUGCUAUCUAUAAUUUACCAUUUAAUCCUAGAGUCAAAAGUUUCCUUUUC